UUGAGAAUUAUUUAUCUGUUUCAAUAAGUAUCGAUGCGAUGGCGCGACUCGUAUCAUCUGGCUCUUAUUUUUCUUCGAUACGACGUAAUUACUGUUUCUAUCAAAAUCCAGCCAUAUUGUUAUACUUCGAAAUUUCAAACUCCCACUCCCGAGCAGGUGUACUCUGACGACGAUGUAAACACUGUGCACAUAUAUAAGCAAGGCGAAUGGAAAGAUUACGGUUCUUUUCGCUUUCAAUGUAAAACGUGGAAAAAUCUCGAUUUUGUUUUUAACAGGAUAAAAUUUGCGUGUCGAUACCUUCCUUCACGAUUAAUUUAAAUUCAUAUUCCAUUAGAAGUAAGAUUAAUUAUAAUAUCAGUAAUAAAACUAAUAUCAUUGCACGUGAUUGAUGCAUUGGAAUAUGCGAAAAAAAAACUGGGAAGAAAUUAUUAAAUGACAAGUUUCGUAAGAAUACUUAAUCGUUAAUUUUGUUAAAUAUGUCAUUGAUCUUUAAACUCUUUGAUUAAUCUUUUUCGAACGUUAUAUUAUUAAAUUCGAUAUGAUAAUUAUAUAAAACAAUUCGAACUUGGGAGAUUCUGAGAAUAGAAUUCUAGGAAUGGAAUAGAAUUAUGGAUUCUAUUUAAAAUUCUAUUUGAUUCGGGAUAGAAAGUAUCCUUAUGACCAGCAAAGAAUCUUUGCAAAUUAAGCGAAUGAUAUAUUCGAAAGAAGAAGAGAAAGAGGAAUAGAUAGAUAAAAGAAAGACGUGUCUUAAAGACAACAUUUUCGAGAAUAAACACAGCAAUAUAGAGAGUGACAACGGGAAUGUUUUUACAAUUGUCCGAUGAGGUAUAUAAUUCGCGAAAGACAGAAAUUCAUCAUCAAUGUACGAAGUUCCAUCCACGAUGAAGAUAUACUUGGCAUAUUUUCUUCUUUGGGGUUUCAUGAGCAACCAGCAGUUGGUUAAAGCUACGGAAGCUGAUUCUUUGGCAUCGACAUUGGCUAAUGACUCGAGCGUUAGGGAUGAUGCGGCUGUCCUUGACCCAAGUUCGUACAAUUGGUCGUCCGGUGACGAUCAAAAGUCGAUUGACUCGAAAUCGUCUAACUUGACAGAAGCAGAUUCAGAUGGAGUGGUUUUAGCGAAGGCGAUUUUGAGAAAACCGGAUGAUCAUGUUCCAGAAAGCGGCGGAUCGUUGGAGGCGACAGCAGAGGCGCAAACGAAGGCAGAUUCAAAGUCUCAAGCUCGUGCCGUGGAGGACAAAGCGAAUGAUGAAGCGAAGGCAAGAGUGAAAGCUACAUCCGAAGCCGAAGUUCAACCCGAACCCGAACCCGAAGUCCAAGUCAAAGCCGAAGCCGAAGCCGAAGCCGAAGUUAAGGCCGAAGUCAAAGGCAAAACCGAACCCAAAGCUGAAGCCGAAGCCAAACCCGAAGCCGUACCUGAACUCAAAGCCAAAACCGAAGAAGAUAGAGUCCGAAUCAUGACCGAAGCGAAAAUUCGUGCCGAGGUCGAAAGUAGAGUGCAGACGGAGGUAAUUAGCCGAAUGUUGGCUCAGGCAAAAGCGGAAGCGGAGAUACAAGCGAAUAAGGCAGCGAAAGCAAAGGCUAAUGCUCUCGCGAAAGCGGAAGCUUAUGUGAAGGCAUCUAUAGCUGCUAAAAAAGCUACUACGGAUGCGGCCGAGAUAUCGAAGAGAGCUGUAGCUGCACGAAUGAAGGCAGCUAGGAAAUCAGCUGCCGCCCAAGCGGCACUUUCCGAUGAAGAGACGACAUCUAUGCGUGCAGUCGCCUCCGCGGCUGCGGUCCAGGCCGCGCAAAUGCAAGCCUUGAUCGCCGCCCAAGCUGGGGCUAUCGCACAGAAAAAUAGUUUCUUUCAGGCUUUGACAGCGAGCAACAUAAUCACGGCGAACGCAAUUGCUGCGAAUGUAGUUGAGAACAAAGCGCUCAUCGUAAAACAGAAAGUCAACGAAACUACGAACGAAACUCAAGCGGCUAUUCUAAUUCAAUCAAUGGCCAAUGACGAAAUGUCAACGGCAACCUUAGUUCGAAAUGAAGCUUUAUCGGCGGCCAUUACCACAAGUGUUUCGCAAAUCGCUGCACUUGCGGAAGCUAACGCCGCGUUACAAGAUAUUCUUGCGGUCAACGUUCGUCAUGCGGAACUUUCUGAAAGAAACCUUUUAAAAUCAUUUGUCCCAAUUGAUUGAUUUAUUUUUCUUUACGAACCUAUUGAUAUACGCUCUCUCUCGUGAGCAUUAUGAAAUCGAGUUGUUAA